AGUAAGGAAGGAGUCGCUUGUGUUGCAAGUGUCGUGUCGGAGUAACUGACUGUGCAGGACUCUAUUUAGUGUCCGCGUGUUGGUGCCAGCUUCAGCCUAGCGCUAUUUUCCUAGUUAUCAAUUAUGCGACGGCUUAGCGCGUUAUUUCGAUUGUGUUCAAGUUUUGAGUUAUCACCUAUCGGUUCAGCGUCUCGACUUCCAAGCUUUCAAGCGAAUAGAUGUACCCAACCACUUCUGUGCUCCGGUGUUAGACCUUGGCCUGUCCACUUCUUCUCUGAUGGAGUUUCGGAGGAUUCCUCAACUAAUUUCAUUCUGCAUUCCAGCAGUGGGUGAUCCGCUUCCCUUGUUUUUGCAACCUGAGAUGCAGAUUCUCUUGAAGCGGUUGACUGGACUCGAUCUGGAGAAAGUCUUUGCUGCCCAGAAAAAUGAGAGGCGACGAAAACCACCCACGUAUUCGUUUAUGACCAAAGCACAAUAUGAGCAACUUUUGGCACAGUAUUUGAAGGAUGGCCAGAAGUUCCUGCAAAUGCCACCUGUGAUGAGAGCCAGGAAGGAAAUCAAUGAAGUGGUUUCUGUGGACCCUGAACUCAAGGGAUAUCUGAAGGGGAAAUUUGUCCUAACAGAUAUUACCUAUGGAAUUUCAGAUCGAAGAAGAAUGAUCAUGGUGCGGGAGCCAGAUGGCACUCUGAGAAAGGCAAGGUGGCAAGAAAGGGAAAGGAUGAACCAAAUCUACUUUCCUAAGCCACACCGAUGGCCUCGCAUGCCAAGGAUGUUUGAAGAUGAAAAUCUCAAGAGACUCUCUCAUUCCAACCUUGUUAAUCAGGCAGCUUUGGAGAAUGAAAAGUACCUUUUCAUCCUGGAUCGUGUAUGCCACCAAUUUGAACCAGAUGAUCCAGACUAUAUUAGAGUGGUGGAAACCACCUAUGAGCAUGUCAAUGCCAAUGGAAAGUUUGAGGUGCUUCAUUCCACACGGCAUUUUGGCCCUUUUGUCUUCUACUUGGCUCGUAUCAAGAGGAUAGAUGACCUCCUCAUCCACUACCUUGAAAUUAGAGAGCUGAGCAAUGCAGUUGAUCUCAUUAAGGUGUACCACAUGAUACAUCCUCAUUGCAUUUCUGUUGCAGCACAGGCUGAUCCACAACAGCCCCUACAGUUCAUUCAGAAAUACAUCACAGAAGCAGCGCUGAAGGCAGGUCAAUUGCAGCUUGCCCUGCAGAGUCUCAUUUCUCAGGAACAGCAUAAUCAAGAGGAAUCUACUGUCUCUUCAUGAUAUUCAAUAAAUUUUCCUUAUGGCAAGUAUAGCAGUAAUUGCUGAAUUGAGUUGAUGGUGCUGAUUUGAGUCAUUUCAAUGAAGUAGUCUUGAUGCA